GGAAGGAAACAAUCAUUCUUAUGUGCCCACAGGUUGCCAAAUAAAAAUUAAUCAUCGUUAGCGAUAGUGGAAAUUUCGUAGCUAUAUCUUAGUAAGAAAACCAAAACACAAGAACAGAAAUUGAAUCAACACUAAAAUCUGACAUAAAACUAAUAACUGAUUCCCACAAGGUUGGAAAAAACAGAACAGACAUGAGUUCCAAAAAGAACACUCCAUCACAUGUUAUUCUCUUGUCUCAAAUACUUGUAAUCAUGUCAUGUUUACUUUCUAACUCAUAUUCAGACCCAAGAAUCUCACAAGCUGGUCUCUACUGUGGUAAACAAAAAGCACCACCAAAAUCAAACUAUAUCCCAAGUUUCAUACAAGAAAUGGAGAAUCUAUCACAGCUUGUAACAAACCAUAAUUGGGGAACUCACUUUGUCAAUAUUUCAGGAUCUGUUCCAAUUUAUGGCUUUGCACAAUGUUUUAAAGAUCUCUCUCAUACUGAUUGUCUUCUUUGUUAUGCCGCAAGCCGGACUAAGCUCCCUCGUUGUCUCCCUUCGAUCUCUGCUCGAAUAUAUCUCGAUGGUUGCUUCCUUCGAUAUGAUAAUUAUAGUUUCUACUUGGAGGAAACUGACCCUUUGAGGGACAGUGUUACCUGCACCUCGACCUCUGAGAGGUUGGAGGUGCAGAUAGAAAAGAAUAUUGAAAAAGUGAUUGAUGUUGUGGCCGGGGAUGCGGUUGAUGGUGGUGGUGGAUUUGCUACGAAAGAAGUCGAGGGUGUUUACGCCUUAGCGCAGUGUUGGAACACUCUUGGGAUUCAUGGUUGUAGAGAUUGUUUGAAGGAUGCUGUGGAAAAAGUAAGAGGUUGUUUGCCAAAUAAGGAAGGUAGAGCCUUGAAUGCUGGUUGUUAUUUAAGAUAUUCAACACACAACUUUUUCAAUGAAGUUGUAAAAGAUGGUGGGAAUGAAUCUUUAAGCAAAGGAGCUGUAAUAGCAGUAGUGUUAGCAACAGCUGCAAUCAUCAUGCUUGCUCUCUCUGCCUCUUUUGCAGUGUUCAAAAAAUUGUCAAAUCUAAAAAAAGAAAAAAAUAACCUGGAUCAAAUUUCAUCAUCCAUAACAAAAUCUAGUUUGAAUUACAAAUAUGAAAUCCUCGAGAAAGCUACGGAUUAUUUCAAUUCUUCUCGGCAAAUAGGUCAAGGAGGAUCAGGUUCAGUUUUCAAAGGUAUUCUCCCUAACGGAAACGUCGUUGCAGUAAAGAGAUUGGUGUUCAAUAAUAGGCAAUGGGUGGAUGAGUUCUUCAAUGAAGUAAAUUUGAUUAGUGGAAUUGAACACAAUAAUCUUGUCAAAUUAUUGGGUUGUAGCAUUGAAGGACCUGAGAGUUUACUUGUAUAUGAGUACUUUCCCAACAAGAGUUUAGAUCAAUUUCUAUUUGAAAAUAGCAGAACUCAAAUUCUAAAUUGGAAGCAGCGGUUUAACAUUAUUCGUGGAACAGCAGAAGGGCUUGCAUAUCUUCAUCAAGGAACAAAAAAACGAAUCAUCCAUAGAGAUAUCAAAAGCAGCAAUGUUCUUUUAGAUGAUAAUCUUUCUCCUAAGAUUGCAGAUUUUGGCCUUGCGCGUUGUUUUGCUGCGGAUAAAACACAUUUGAGUACUGGAAUUGCUGGAACACUUGGUUACAUGGCUCCAGAGUACCUAAUUCGAGGACAACUUACAGAUAAAGCUGAUGUCUAUAGUUUUGGAGUACUUGUCCUAGAGAUUGUAACUGGCAGAAGAAAUAAUGUCAUCAGAGAGGAUUCUGGAUCACUUCUACAAACUGUUUGGAAACUUUACAGAUCAAACACAUUGGUUGAGAGUGUUGAUUCAAGCUUAGGAGAUGAUUUUCCUGAAGCUGAGGCAUCAAGAGUGGUUAACAUUGGUUUGCUUUGCACACAAGCUUCUGCUGCUCUUAGGCCAUCAAUGGACGAAGUUGUGCAAAUGUUAAGAAAUUCAGAAUUAGAUGUUCCUACACCAAAUCAACCACCAUUUCUGAACACUGCAACGCUAGACUCAGAUAGCUCCAUUAGGUCUUGUAGUACAAACAGCUUUGUAUCCAAUGCUUUAAGAAGGAUUGGAGUUUCACACAGUUACUCAGAGUCCUCGAACGAGCCAUCGAUAAGCGAAGAACCAACUGUCUAAAAUUGAUUUUCAAAUGUAAUUAUGGGUUUGUAAGGUCAUGUUAUGUGCUUAUAGUGACAAACAUUGAAAGAUUAGAUGAUGUAAGACUUACCGAGUCAAAUUUUUGUUAGCAAUAUGGAUUUUCAAA